AUGGCAAAAUAUGGAAUUGCUCACCUACUUCUCAAGGCAUGGGCCAAGUCCCGAGGGUUAUAUUCCUCAAAACUUGGUCUUCUUGGAAGUCUUAACAUAUCUGUGAUGCUCGUGCCCAUCUGCAAACUACUGGCAUAUGAUGGGCCAAGCGCAGGAACCACCGACAUCUUGACCACAUUUUUCCAUCACUACCGAAAUUUUGACUGGAAGACGAACAUGGUCCUCGAUCCGUUGUUCCACGGUACUGUCAAAUACCACCGCACACAGCGAGAAUCCAUGUGUCUACUGGGCUGGCACACGCCCUCUCGAAAUACAGCGCUCAAUGCUACAGCUUCUACUAUUCACAUACUUUCUGCAGAAAUAAUGCGAGCCAGUGAUCUCUUGUCGCAGGAAGGGGUCAACUGGGAUACGUUCCUGCGCGGAACGCAAUCGCUGUUGCCAUUCCCUGAGCUUACAGCUUGUAAUGCAGCGGGCUUUUUGGACUCACACAAGUGCUAUAUCAAGAUGAAUGCGAGCUAUUUGGGCUGCUCUCCUAGAAAAGGCAAGAGGUUUGUUGGCUGGUUAGAAUCUCGGUGUCUCAUGGUCCUAGUUGACCUCCAACCGUGGAAGGACGACAAUGCGGGAUACGCAGACUCUGGAGAGGAUUCGGAACUUGACGAUAACGAGUCUGAUGAUGGUAAAGAAGAGCCGGAGGCUGGAACUACAAUAUUCCUAGCACCGCCGAGUUCGGACCCCGCAUGGCGCAACGUAUCACCGUCGGUUCUCAAAGCAGGUGGAUCAGGCAAGCUUCGGACUGCAGCAGAUGUUAUGAAUCGCCUACGCUAG